UGGAGGCUUCAUUUUCACAUACUCUAACAACAACUUCUCAAAUGCCUCAACUUGAUCGUGAACCUUGCGCAGGAGGAGCAAGUGGCGGUGGCGGCAGCGGCAGCCAUAUCUCCGUAAAAAUUCCAGAAGCGCAAUCGGAUUUUCCGCCGGAGUCAUUCAGGCUGUCGAAGGAUGAGGAGUUGGAGUGGUUCAAUUACAACGCCCUUCUGGUACGGAAGGAGUCGACGAGAGGCAACUCCUUCGUCUCUACAAAUAAUCCUAAUCCUAAUCAUGGCUUCAAUUCCGCGCGAGUUAGCAUCAGAUUGAAAUCGAAGGCGCACGUCCUCGGAUUGCCGAAGACGCGCAAAGCCAGUUGUGUGGAUCCGACGCGGAGGAGCUGCAGAGGCGCCAACGCACGCCUUCUCCCUGGAGACUCCAUGUCCAUGUCUAUGUCGAGGUUGCUCGGGAAGCCGGUGGCUAUGGCGACGGAACCGACUUCCCCAAAGGUGUCGUGCGUCGGGAAAGUCAGACCGAAGCAAUGCAACCGGCGCUCCAAUUCGAGGAGAAGCGGAAUCUCCUUGGAGAAUAAUAAUAGUACCAAUCCAAGCAGAGGCUUCUAUUCCAAGCUUCUCACCAUAUUCCGAUCCAAAAAAUUAGGUCAGAAGAAGCAAGCUCGCUCGCGGAGCCGGAGAUCGGUGGAGGAGGUAGCGACCAUUGAUGAAACGCCGCCGAACAGCGGGCGGCGCCUCAAAUCGCCGGAACUUCAGGAGCCUCCAGGUUUGGGAGCAGUGCAGCGUUUUUCCUCGUGUAGGCGGUCGGAGUCCUUUUAUCUUCGAUGAUAUUAGUCAGCCGCUCGCCGGCGACGUAGGAAGCCGGUGAACUGACGGUGCGUCCGUCACUGCCGUUAUAACGGAAUCCCUUGCUUCCAAUUUCCAUAUCAGGUCCGGUCCGUUAACUUUUUGCCAUAUGUAAAAAAUUUAUCUGAAGCACACAUUACACAUAUAUAUUAAUACUAGUGUAUUAGUCCUGUAAGGAUUUUAUAAAUUAUUAAAUUUAUAUUUU